GCAGCCAAUUAAAUUCUGGGUUAUAACUGUAAAACUGACCUAAUAUUUAAAUGACUGUGCUCAACUCUGGCGUAAAGCUUCGCUCUGUGGAGGAAGAUAAAUGACAUUUCAGCAGUGGACAAUGUUCCUUCCCCUGAAACAAUCACCUGAGUGUGAAGGGAGACGUUCAUACAGAUGUCUAUUAAGUUUCCUUCCUCUUCGCUGUGUGUGUGUGUGUGUGUGUGUGUGUGUGUGUGUGUGUGUGUGUGUGUGUGUGUGUGUAAAAUGCAUUGUCUACAGUAACUGUCGAUAAUCAGACUUCACUAUUAGAAGUGUGUAAAUGUUUGCACUAGUUACAUUACCAGAAACUGGCUACUUAGUCUUACACAAUAUUAUAUAAUAGUUUGUAAUAAUUUACAACUGAAGUGUGAGAAGAGAAGUUGUAUUUUUCUCUGUCUACAAGAACCUUAAAUGUGAUAACUCGUUUCCUGUGGUUAUAGAUGUUUCCAGUAAAUGGUGCCGAUGGUAGAUAGUUGUCACCCUUCCAGUAACACACCGGUACAGUAAGUGUGUCAGGAAGAACAAAGGGCCGUUAGAAUGAAUAUUUAGCUUUUGAAGAAUACUAUAAAAACAGUUCCACACAAGCUCUUUUGACACGUGACGCGCUGCUGGCGCCGCCGUUUGUGCUUUUUCUCUCUUUUUCUUUGUAAAAGGCCGGUUGAAGUGGAAAAAUUGUGUUGUUUAAGAAAACACAUCAAUCACAUCUAAUUUAGUGUUAUUUAAAUGUUGAGCUGGAUGAUGGUCUGUUUUUUUUUUUGCAUUUUUCUCAUUUAUUUCUUCAUUUAUGUCAUUCUGUUGCAAACACUUGUAACGUGAUCUUCUUCAUCCACCUUCUUGAUGCUAAUCCAGGGACACUGAAUCCCGGACCCUUUGUUGGUCCUGAGUAAAGUGUUUUUCCCCAACAAAACACUGUCACGUUGUUGUGCGACGUCCGGUGUCACAACACACAGAACACCUGUCUGGGACAUUUGUAAAGCGAUCCUUCUGCGUCACCAAAGCUCCUACGCAUGAACCGCCUGACGCGUAGCUCUGAAAAAAAGAAGAGUCCUGGUUGUCUUUGUUCACAAAUGUCACUACUGGAGUGGACGUGGUCAUUUCAAAUGGGAAGUUGGGCGCGUAUUAAAAGCGGCGGCGUGGCCUGGAGCCGCCAGUCUUCAGCAUCCACGCCAUGACCCGCCUGCUGCUGGGAGCGCUGCUGCUGGGAGGCAUCGGCGCCUGCGUCGCCGCGCAUGUGCCAGAGGUGCUGGCUCCACCCAAACAUGUCAAGUUCGAGUCUGUGGACUAUAAAAAUGUCCUGCACUGGACUCCACCGAGCAACUGCUCCUCGCUGCAUUACUACGUCCAGUGGAAGAUCUACGGCGAGCCUCAGUGGCUGGACGUGGACGGCUGUCAGGGGAUCCAGAAGCACAAGUGUGACCUCAGCGCCGUGACCUCUGACCCCAGAGAGCGGUACUACGGCAGAGUGAGUGCCGCCUGCCUGACCUCCAGCAAGUCGGUGUGGGCGCUCUCCCGCAGAUUCAACCCGCGCGGGGACACCAUAAUCAGCCCGCCUGAGCUGCGACUCAACGUCACAGAGGACGCGGUGGUGGUUCACGUGAAGCCGCCGCGACCCCUCGUCCGGAAGCUUCACCACCGCCUGCUCUACAGCAUCUACCUCAUAGACUCCAGUGGAAAGGAGGAGGCGUUUGAGUUGAGCUGCUGCUCUGACAAGCUGACUCUGAACCACCUGGAAGCCAGCGGGCGUUACUGCCUCCAGGCCCAGAUCCUGGUGCCGCUGCAGGCCAGGAGCAGCGCCCGCAGCGCCAAGACGUGUGUCGCUCUACUCUGAUGACGAAGAUCUCUGGCCCCACGACACGCUGGACGCCUCCUUCUCUACCUCGACGGCUGCAGCCUCAGAAAUCUGUGCCAAACAGCGAUGCACAAGUGGUUACAGAAAGCAUAAAGGGGUGCGACGUGCAGGUGAACCUGGACACAACGGAGCGCUUUGCUUGAAUUAUCUCCACCUGCAGGACGUUGGGACUGCUCGUUCACCAGAACCACUUCCACCUUUGGGCCCACCUGCAUCACAGAGUCUUUAAAACAACCAGGACCUUCACUCGACUGGACCUAAGUAUCGACUAAUAUCUACAGUAGUUGCCAGCGUUGUAUUUAUGUCGAUAUAUUAACAAUCCUUUUUUUAUGUAAAUAAAGGUGUUCCACACUAUUUUUUACUCCAGAAGAUUUCAAACCAUUUUCACUGCCAAAUGUGUUUUUAUCAUGUGUCACGCUACAAAUAAAAAACAAACACGGCUCAUCGUGAACCUGAAACAUGGGUUCCGAUCAAAUCUUGUUAAUUGAAAUCAUUACACGUUAAGCCACAUUGUUGAA